AUGAGCUACUACGCAUUACUCAAGUACAUCGUCGUGGGCGACACCGGCGUGGGCAAGAGCUGCCUCCUUCUGCAGUUCACGGACCGGCGUUUCAAGGAGGCCCACGAGCUCACGAUCGGCGUCGAGUUCGGGGCGCGCAUGAUCUACGUCGAACCGCGCGUGCCGCUAAAGCUCCAGAUCUGGGACACGGCGGGCCAGGAGAGCUUCCACUCGAUCACGCGGUCCUACUACCGCGGCGCGGCCGUCGCGCUCCUCGUCUACGACGUCACGCGGCGCGAGACGUUCGAGAACGUGCGGCGUUGGCUCGCGGAGACGCGGAAGAACUCCAACGAUCAGUGCCUCGUCGUCCUCAUCGCGAACAAGUGCGACCUCGUGCACCAGCGCGCGGUCUCCGAGGCAGAGGGCGCGGCCUUUGCGCUCGAAAACGGCCUCAUCUUCCUCGAGGCGUCGGCGAAGACGCGGACGAACGUCGACGAGGCGUUCGUAGCGCCCGCGCGGAAAGUCUAUGGGAUGAUCAAGGCCGGAGAGAUCGAAUGCAACAACACGGAGGGCGUGAAGCGCGGCAGCACGAGCCUCUACCCCGACGACGACGACGACGGUCCGCCGCGCCGCCGGUCGACCUGCUGCCGCUAG